AGAACUCUCUGUUUCAGUGGUAGACGUAUGAGUAGUGUUGGCGCGCUGUCAUGAAGUCGUUGACAUUCAAAGAUCAAUGGAUUUCGAUGCAAUAAUCUCGAGCCUCUUGUGCAUCAGAGCUUCGUGUAAUCAUCUUCGUUUCUAUUCUCUCCGCACUUGUAUAAUUGGUGUUCCUGUUUCUAGCAGCGUUGUAAAGGAACAGACUGAACGUUGCAGAGGGGGGUAGGCAAAGGACGAGAGCCUGGUCUAUAUGUACAUACGUAUUGUUGGUCUGCCAUUCAGCGCCACCAGUUGUUACUAUCGCAUGAAAACCAACGAGGAUCCGUCGGAGACAUGAUGCAUGAUGCCCUGGAUGACGUUGGUUAAGUUUUCUUCGGCUUUUGUGCUGCUACACAAAUUGAAGUACUCAUGGAGGCCGAGUUCUCCAUCGAAAGCGUUGAGAAUCAACACGAAGCCAACUCGCCUCAAAAGGCCCACAGCGGACAGAGAUGUAACGCUCCUACCUCAACGCUUGAGUUGCCGGCGUCUACUCGCUGUAUGAUCAUUAUACCUGAACUCCGGUGGAAGAUUUUUCAGCUGGUCCAAGACACUCCUACGGACUCCAUGGGAAAUAAGACACUCCUGGCACUUGCCUUGACAUGCAAGUCAUUCAGUGGGCUUGCACUAGACCUUUUGUGGCAAAACAUGGAUAGCUUUGAACCACUUAUCAGAUGUCUCCCGCGAAGCCUAUGGGAAUGGGAGGGACAAAAAUUGGUACUUCGAAGAGUCAUGACCUUCGACGACUGGUCUAUCUUUUGUAAAUACAACUACCGUGUCCAUUCACUCAGAACAAAUCGGAUUCUAAUGGUCGCCGGUACUGAAAUUUGGCGUGCCUUCAGCUGUCCUCCCUUCCCCCUUCCCUUGCUCCCCAACUUGAUGUCUCUUACGUGGGACCCGGUUGCCACUGAUAUAUUCCUAUAUAUCUGGUUAUUUGUCACCCCGAAAUUGACGAGGCUCAAUAUCGCCACCCACACCUUUGGUCCAUCCGAACAUUCCGUCUUGUCAUUUAUCUCGAUGCUGUGCCCCUCUGUCUCGCAUUUCAGCUUUUCUUCAUUCGCAGAUUCAGAAGACACGUCAACUGCAUUGCAAUGUUGGUCUCACCUAACAUCGGUGACUACUAACAGAGUUUCGGAGGCGGCCAUACUCCACUUGUUCAAGUUGCCUUCACUCCGAGUUCUGAAGUUUCAUCUACCACCAACUCCUAUGUCUGUGGAUACCACAAAGCUCCUGCGGGAUUCUGUGCUCUGCGCAUUGGAAGAACUGACUAUAGGAUGCAGCAGCCUGGUGCCCAUAGAUGCUUUUUUCGAGGGCCUCUUCAUCGCUCCAAAAUUAAUAUGUUUUAAUAUCUCUGGGGGAGUGGAAUCCGCCCAGGUCCUGCCGGCUUUGAUUUCCUGCGUACCUGAUGCUUGCGCGCACAACUCACUGGAACAGAUACGACUCUUCAUCGCCGAUCGGUCUGCUGAUCACAAGACUUCAAUCAGAAUCGCAGUGUUUAAACCGCUCUUUGCAUUUCAUCAUCUUCGCAAGCUGAACUUCGAAGCUUACCAGCACUAUGUUGUGCGAUGGGACGAUUCUGUCCUUUUGCAGAUGGCUAGGGCCUGGCCACUCCUGGAAGAGCUACACCUCAAUAAAUACGGCCAUUCGAGUCACGGAGUCGCUCCAAAUGCCUUCAUUUCAUUGUUGCAACAUUGUCCUCGUUUAGUCUCGGUUGCCAUUAUCAUGAAUUGGUCCACUAUAGACGGACAUGAGAUAUCCCCUGAUGUUCCGUACCAAGGAUUUGCCCACAAGGCGCUGUCUCAAGCAUUCUUUGGCAGUCCAAGAAUUCGCCAUCCAGCAAGGAUUGCCGCUUUUAUCUCAGCCAUCGCGCCCGGACUGGGAUUAAUUGUUUCGUGGGUUGGGGGGUCUAGGGAUCACUCAAAUUUUGGAAAAUACUGCAUCAGGUGGAAAGUCGUCCAGGAUUUGGUCAAGUCCUUCUCCAUGGUCCGCGAGCAGGGGAGGAGAUUGACGCUGGUUGCAGGCGAAGGAGUUAAUGACCGUGGGAUUGAAGGUCCACACAACCACGUUGGAAUUGCGCAUCCGGUACAGGAAAGCGAAAAUGGAGAUGCAGACAUCGGUGGAGAUGUAGAGUUUAUGAGGAUAGUGGGAAUGAGAGCGAUUCAGAGUAUGUGUCUAGUGAUGAAAACUGGGAUGAGGAAUUUUAAUCAUCAUGCGGACCAAUUCUCUGGACCCUUCGUCAACCGUCGAAAUGGACUUUAGAGUACAGAGGACGGCGAUAACGACAUUGGUUUGCAUCCUCUUGUAGCUUUUCGUGCUCCACAACUUCGCCAAUUUAUCCAAUCAUGGGAAAGAGAAUCAUUGGAUGUAUGACAACUGCAGCAGCUAUGUUUGCACAGGACAUUCAUGUAGCGAAUCCUGAUGUCCUUCUCGUCGAGGAGGCUGGUGAAAUCCUAGAAAGCCACAUCCUCGCCGCGAUGGGUCAUAACACAAGCCAGAUGAUUCUUAUUGGUGACCACAAGCACGCAAUAUUCAGUACAUCUUGCUGAAGUUGACUCCUCACAGACAACUGCGUCCCAAAGUCAACAACUACAAGCUGACUGUUGAAAAGGGUGAUGGGUUUGAACUCAACAGAUCACUAUUCGAGCGCCUGGUUCUCAAGGGCUUUCCUCAUGAAACUCUGACAGUCCAACAU